CGAAAAUCUUGUUAUUCUACGUUAUUUUUUAUGCGGUGCUGGCUGGCUUCUUCGGAGCGAUGUUGACCGUUUUUUACCAGACGUUAGACCCGAACGCACCGAAAUGGCAACUGGACAAUUCCUUGAUCGGGAGCAAUCCGGGACUUGGUUUCAGGCCCAUGCCUCCUUCAAGCAACGUCGAAAGUACCUUGAUUUGGUACAAAGCCAGCGACGAAGGCAACUUCUUACAUUGGACCAGAGAAUUGGAUAAGUUCCUUGAAGAAUACCAGAAACCUGCUACCUCGGCGAAUGGCGCCCAGAAGAGGAUGCUGUGCGAUUAUGGCAAACCACCGGCACCCGGCAAAGUUUGCGACGUGGACAUGACCACGUGGGGACAGUGCACGAAGAAGAACAAAUACGGUUACAACAAGUCUGCCCCUUGCAUCUUCCUCAAAUUGAACAAGAUAUUCGGCUGGAAACCGGAAUAUUACAAUGACACGAAAAACCUGCCGAAUACCAUGCCAUCCGAUCUUCAGGAGCACAUCAAACAAGAGGAACACGCCAACAGAUUGGAUACCGUGUGGGUGUCAUGCUCCGGUGAAAAUCCUGCGGACGUUGAGAACAUGGGCGCUAUCCAAUACAUUCCACGCCGUGGUUUCCCUGGAUACUACUUCCCUUUCACAAAUACCCCUGGAUACCUUAGUCCCCUCGUAGCUGUCUUCUUCGAGAGGCCUAAAUGUAAGUUGUCUCUCGAUCACUCAGUCAAGCUUGGCACUCAACCCUUAGCGAUCGAGUUCAAAGCCAAAACGGUGUGUUGAUCAACAUCGAGUGCAAAGCUUGGGCGCACAACAUCAUCCACGACAGAUUCGAGAGGCGUGGCUCGGUACACUUCGAACUGAUGGUGGAUUAAGCGUCGCCACGUUGCCACAACUUUUUGCAAGAUCACUACCAACUGCGUCCAAGGAAAUACAGGAGGAAGGAGAA